ACACGUAAUUCAGAAGGUGAGUAAACAGUUCAUGCUAAAUGUGCUUUAUUGAAUGAAAUCAUACGCUGUAUUGUGAACAAUGGAGUUAACACUUACAAGAAUUUCAGUCAUAAUUGCAAUUGGUGCUCUGUUUGCGUACAAAUAUAUCGCAAAGAACACUAAACUAACAGUGGAAAAUGUGAACUCCACUUACGACUAUAUCAUAAUCGGCGCUGGUUCGGCUGGAUGCGUCCUAGCAGCACGAUUAUCGGAAGACCCUAACAAUAGGGUGUUGCUUCUCGAAGCCGGUGGGGAAGAGACGGACAAUGCCAAUAUUUCAAUACCAGCGGCCGCAUUGUCUGUCUGGAAUACAUCAUCGGAUUGGGUUUAUAGCACUACGCAACAGAGAAACUCAGGAUUUGCACAAAUUGGAGACGAAAACCGUCAUUACUGGCCAAGAGGCAAAGGAAUCGGUGGAUCGAAUAAUUUAAAUAUCAUGCAGUACGUCCGGGGAAGCCGGUACGAUUAUGAUGAAUGGGAAGACCAAGGGUGUGAUGGAUGGGGAUAUGACGAUGUCCUUCCAUGCUUCCUGAAAUCUGAAGACAUUCGAAUUGACGAUCUCAAAAAUUCCCGAUUUCACAAUUCUGGGGGACCUCUAGCUGUUAUAAAAGAUACUGUUUUUCCCAUUUGGAAGCGUUUUGUAGAUGGAGGAAAGGAGCUGGGUUAUGAUGAAGUAGACUACAAUGGGGCAGAACAGAUCGGGUUUGGGCGCAGCCAGGUAAAUGUGAGAGACGGAGCUCGCGGCAGCACGGCGGCCCAGUUUUUGAGACCAUCGAUGGGUCGAUCAAAUCUGCAUGUAGUUGUAAAUGCCCAUGUUACAACAGUUGUAAUUGACAACAAGGUAGCAACCGGUGUUGCAUUUAUUAAGGACAACCGAAAGCAGAUUGUUUCUGCGGGUAGGGAAGUCAUUCUUUCGGCGGGAGCUAUUGGUUCGCCUCAAAUACUGAUGUUGUCGGGCAUCGGACCGGGACAAAAUUUGAACAGUUUUAAUAUUCCAGUUGUCGUUGACUUGCCUGUUGGACAAAACAUGGAGGAUCAUAUCUGCUCCUUUAUUCCCGGAACAAUGAAUACAUCAGAAGGAUUUACUGGUCCUAAAGUGGAGUCCCUUUCAUCCGUUGGUCGGUAUCUCAUGUUUGGGACCGGUCCAUUGUCUACGACGGGACUUGUAGGGACGGCUUUUAUUAAGUCCUCGAAAUGUAAAACUAAGUAUCCUGACAUUCAAUUUCACCUCCUUGCAACACUAUUUAUUCAGGAAUUGGCAAAAUAUUCACAGAAAUAUACUAAAGGAUUGUUUCCUGAUGAGUGGAUUGAUGGCUUUGCUCUCUCUACAAUAUUACUUCAUCCAAAGAGUAAAGGUUUUAUGGAAUUAAAAAGCAACGAUCCGUUCGAUUACCCGAUUAUCGAACCGAAUUAUUUUGAACAGGAGGAAGACAUGCAUAUGAUGAUAGAAAGCAUGCGAAAAGGUUUAGAGUUAUUGAACACUCAAUCAUUUCGCGAAAUUGGGACUCAAGUCGAUAGAUUGAAGGUUCCAGUUUGCAGUCAUACCACAUACCUGUCCGAUGAGCAUUUAAAGUGUUUAAUACUACACUUUGCUGCUACAGUUUAUCAUCCGACCUCAACGUGCAGAAUGGGAUCACUGAAUGACUCAAACACUGUCGUCGAUACCGAAUUACGUGUUAAAGGGAUCAAAAAUCUACGCGUUGUGGAUGCUUCGGUUAUGCCCCAUGUAACAUCCGGCAACACAAAUGCCCCGACUAUUAUGAUUGCGGAGAAGGCUGCAGAUAUGAUCAGAGGAAUUGACAGUGUGGCAAAAGUACGGAACAAGUUGAAACAAACUGCAUAAUUCAUUUUGAAAAAGUUUCAAUAUCAUGUAUGUAUAGUUAAUUUUAAAAUGAGUCUACUUGCAUCGUAUGUAUGUUUUCAUCAAUGUAAAAUAUAUG